AUGGACGGCCAUCCACUUGCUUCCAUACCACCCCUUAAGCUGCACGACGGCGUCAAUCGCGAUGAGAUCAACGCCAGUGACAUUGUCGCCGAUUGGCUCGCUGCUCUAGAGAAGCGGCCUAAGAACGGUCUAUCUACUGACCUCUCAGACCUCUUCAUUGAUGACUGCUGGUGGCGGGAUUUUACAGCACUUUCAUGGGAUAUAGUAGCAAAGCACGGUCUGGAAGACGUUGCAGAGUACCUCACCAGCUCGACCACUGGAUUUGGGCAGUUGACUGCCAUCAAAACCGGUGGUCUACAGGCGAGCUUGGUCGACAUGCACGGGGCCAUCUGGAUCCAGGGCGGCUUUACUUUCCAGACAAGCGACGGCUCGGGCACCGGUCUUGUUCGGUUGAUUAACGUGGACAAGUCUCACUGGAAAGCGUGGACAGUUUUCACUCAGCUGGAGAGACUCCAUAGCCAAGAUGAGCUCGACAAGCAGAGAAUGCGACAAUCCUACACCCAGACGAGAAUCGCCAAUGGUGUCAAUGGGGAAAAGGAGGGCGACCUCCAGGUCUUGAUCAUCGGUGCCGGACAAUCGGGCCUCAUGCUCGCCGCACAGCUGAAGAACAUGGGGAUCAAGGCAUUGCUUGUUGACAAGCUCCCCCGACUGGGUGACAUGUGGCGCUCCAGAUACGAAACAAUCAGGACGCAUACACCAAUCUAUCUCGACCACUAUCCCUUCCUCAGAUUCCCUACCAACUGGCCGCGAUGGAGGGAGCAGGACAAGAUUGCCAGCUGGAUGGAACAUUAUGGACAAGUCAUGGGACUUGACUAUAUGCUCAGCACGACCGUGAACAAGAUUGACUACGACGAGCAGGCGCGUCGAUAUACCGUGGAGGUGGAAAAUGAAGAUGGCAAGCACGUCUUCCAGCCUAGGCACCUUGUGUUGGCGACCGGCGUGUUCAGCCAUCAUCCCAUCGAACCCGAAAUUCCAGGCAGAGGUUCGUUCAAGGGCGAGAUAUACCACUCGAUGCACCACAAAGCCGCACGACUAAUCCCCGACCUGGCCAACAAGCACGUCGCCAUCAUCGGCUCUGGCACCAGCGCCCACGACAUCGCUCAGGACUUUGUCAACUCAGGCGCGAAAGACGUAUCGAUCGUACAACGCAAUGCAAUCUUCUCCGUCUCGGCCACAGCGCUUGAAGACUCCUACUUGUCCAUGUGGAACACCCCUGGCAUCUCCACCGAGGAGGCAGACAUCAUUGGCAACUCUUUCCCCACCGCGGUGGCUCGCACACUCAACAUCGGGCAAACGCAGAUGAUGGAGGAGCACGACCAGGAGUUACUCGCGGGCUUGGAGAAGGCCGGUCUGAAGCUGAAACGCGCAAAGACUGCCGGCUAUGGCUUUAUUGACCACCUCUUGGUCAAGGCCGGUCAUUUUUACAUCGAGCAGGGGGCCAGUCAGAUGAUUGUGGAUGGGCGAAUCAAGGUCCAUCAGUGCGACGACGGCGUCAAGGAAUUUGUGUCUGACGGCUUCAUUCUGGCUGAUGGGAAGAAGGUGCAGGCCGACCUGGUCGUUUUGGCAACCGGGUACCAGAGAAACAUCCUGACCGUCGAGGAGCUCAUGGGGAAGAAAGUCGCCGAGAAGGUCGGCGAUCUGGGCUAUCUCGACAACGGGCAGGAGCGGAUCGGGUGGUGGAGACCAACGGGCUUCCCGGGCUUCUGGUACAUGACGGGCAGCUUCGUCUGGGGCCGCCAGUUCUCGCCCGUCCUGGCGCUGCAGAUCACCGCCAUCGAACAGGGUCUGAACCCGGGCUAUUGGGAGCAGACGGACCGGGACAACAAGGGGAUAGGCACGGUAGUGCACAGAGUAUAG